UCAGUAUCCAUUUGAUUGGCAACGGAAAUACACAUAACAUAACAUAAUCUCACAUAAGAUACAAAAUACUCUUAACAAUGCAGCGCUUGUCAUACAAUCUUGGCGCUACCUCUGAAGGAAUUCGAGUUCAGUGUGGGCCUGAUCGACGUAAGUGCAGGUAUACAGUGGCUAGAAAAAGUAUGCGCAUGGGUAUUGCAGAGCUAUUCGAUAGCGAUGUAUUCGAAAUAUACAAUUCCAAGAGCACAAUAUAUUUCAAAGGUAAAGGGCAAAGAAUGGCUGUGGUAAAAAAAUAUAUUGCUAACAUCGAUGAUUUUAAACUAUUUGUGGCAAAGCAAAGCUAUGAUAGCGAGGAUAGGGAAAACAUCUAUUUGCAAGCACUAAUUACAUCCGGAACAAGCUAUGAAUUCUUCAACAAAUAUCAUUCGUAUGAGUUUGUAAUGAAGGAAUUAAUCAGGAAGAACAAGCCAAUGAUUACAAGCAAAGUGUUGAAGAAAACAGAACAGCCAAAGGACAAAAGUCUUGUCAAAAAUGCACAACUUCAAUUGCUGCUGCAUUUUCACAAUCGAUCAUUGCUAGAUAAUGCACAAGCAAUUAAGAAAUUUAUGUUAAAAGUGUUAAUGGAAGAGCAACUUGUCGUUACGAAACUUAGAGGACAAUUAGCAUGCACUAGAGUGCAAUAUCUGGAAGCGAAUAGGAAUAAAUAUGCAGUAAUGCGUCAAGUUGUAUUUCAAAAGAAAGAAAGCUGUGGCUUCAGCAAAGGCCACAGGAUUAAAACAAAAAUAAAAAACACAAAACCAAGACAAGUUCGCUCCAACCAAUUUGUCAGAUUAAAGUACUUGGUAAUUCAACCGCAAAAGUCGAAAAAUAAGUUUCUCUGCAAAAUAUUUAACUCGAAGUGUUUUGGAAAAUAUUUGAACCAAAGUCAGUUAAUGAAAACAAAUUUCUAUCAAUUUCUGAUUGCGUUUUAUCCACAAAAUCAACGAAUAAUAAAACUUACAAGCGUUAAGAGUGAGAUCUUAUUGAACAACAAUGAAGAUGCAAUAAAGAAGGAUACUGAAGCAAAAUCCAAUAAUAUUUCGGCACCAGCUAGAAAUCGAUUUACGAAAUGGGUUUUCGUUUUGGUUAUAUUUCUCUGCACUUUAAUAUAUUUAGCUUAUGAUGAAGCCAUCGUUUCUGUUUUUACUGGAACAAAUGUGAAAUUCAACUCUGGUUUUGAUAAGCUCAUUUCCUAUUGUAGCAAUCGCUCGAACCGACUUCGUUCUAUAUAUUAAUAAAAAGAAAAA